UAUGUGGUCACAUGACCGCUGGACCUGUUCUACCAAAACACCGAGGACCUCCGCAGCUUGUCAACAAACGUUCAAGAAGGUGUGUCAGCCUGCCAACUUUCUCCGCGUCCUACCGAGUAAACUCCGAAGCUCCACCAAACCAUCGCUCUCCUGUCCGGUAGACAGGCCGUCUCAAUGCAUUACAGAGGACCGAAAACACCGCAGCGAUCAUGGAUGCGUACGAUUUGUUUAGUAGUUGCAGAAAGGGCGACAUUUGUAGAGUCAGAUACCUUGUUGAACAAAGAGAUGUGGAUCUCAAUGUAAGAGAUAAGUGGGACAGCACCCCCUUGUAUUAUGCCUGUCUCUGUGGUCAUGAGGAGCUGGUCCAGUACCUGUUGGCGAGUGGUGCCAAGUGUGAAGCCAACACGUUUGAUGGCGAGAGAUGCAUGUACGGCUCCCUAAGUGACUCCGUUCGACGCCUGCUCAAAGACUACAAGUGUGUCAGUGUCCGCGCCAUGCAGCGGGACGAUUUCAACUACUUUCUGCACAUGUUGUUAGAGCAGGGUCAGCACAGUGACGUCAAGUUCUUGGUUCAUGGACAAACGUUUCCGGCCCACCGAUGUGUCCUCAGCGCACGCUCGGAGUACUUCACAGAAAUGUUUGAGACCAAAUGGAAAGGAAAGAACCUCAUCACCCUCAAACAUCCUUUGAUCAACCCUGCAGCCUUUGGAGCCAUCCUGCAGUAUUUCUAUACAGGACGUAUGGAUAUUGAUAUAAGUCUCGUGGAGGACAGCAGGAGACUUGCUAAACAGUGCAAAAUGGCAGAUCUCAUAGAGGAACUGGAGAACAAAUGCAAGCAGGUGUAUGAAUUUGUAUCCAACAAGCCGGGAAUCUGUGUGAAAGUUCUCAGCCUGGAGCCUCACAGCUGUCAACUUCAGGAGGAGAUGGCUCAGUUAGCAGACUGUGCGCUGCCCACUGAACUAAGAGUUGGAUUUGGUGAACUCCCCUUUAACAGAGUCGACCGCUUUCCAACUUAUCCUGACAUCUGCUUCAGAGUAAAUGGUUUCAGUUUUCUGUGUCAUAAGGCAUUUUUCUGUGGACGUAGUGAUUAUUUUAAAGCCUUACUGCAGGAUCACUUCAGUGAAGGAGAGCAGCUGCAGUCCCAACCCAACACCCCAGUGAUUACUUUACACAACAUCUCCCAUGAAAUAUUCAUCCACGUCAUGUAUUACAUCUACACUGAUGACACAGAGUUAACGUCGGAGAACGUGUUGGAUGUGCUCUGCAUGGCUGACAUGUAUCUACUGCCGGGGCUGAAGCGUCUGUGUGGGAAGACGCUCGCUAAGACUAUAUGUGAGGACAACGUUCUGUACAUGUGGAAGACGGCGAAGCUUUUCCGUCUGUCUCGGCUAGAAGAUCACUGUGCAGAGUUCAUGGCCAAGAUCAUUGAGCGGCUGGUGGACCAGGCCGAGUUUGCAGAGAUCAUAAAAGAAGACGCUGCAUCGUUAGAGGAGCGACACGAGACGGACUCCGUCCCCCUCGUAGACGACAUCCGCUACCACAUCGCCAGCAACGUGCAGACGUACAGCGCCAUCGAGGAGGCCAAUCAGAAGCUGGACGCCUUGGAGGAGCUGCUGUCCAGCAUCAAUAUUGACUGCUGAGGGGUCAGUAGGUUGUGGUUUGUGGUUUUUACGGUAAAUACUUUGAGAGGUGAAAAAAAACUGCAAGCGGUGAAAAGAAAAACAUAUUUGAGUGUAUGUUUGUUUCUUUUAUUUUAUUUACAGUAUAUCGAAUAGAAUAUAUAUUUGAAAGCAGCUGGUUGUGACGUUACAGAAGCAUACUGGGGUACAGCUGUCCAUGUUGGCCAUUGAAAAUUUCCUUGAGAAAAACCAUGUAAAUCUGUUUCUAGGUUCUGCAAGAGGGGUUUGAAGAAAUUGUGUAUUAUGUAUUCACAACAGAAUAUCUUUGCAUUGCACAUGCAUGAAUUUAUUUUAGGCAUUAGUUGUGGAUGCUGACAUUUAGGCUAGCUGAAUUUUUCGCUCUUUGAAAAUGUAGUUUUGCCCAAACAAAAUUCCUGUUUUACAUUGAACCUUGUGAAAGUUUAAUUUUCAGAGUUAAUUUAUCCAGAAAAUAGUUCUUUGACCUCCUAAUUUGAGGUUGCUUAGAACAUAGUUUUAUCAUGUAUGUCAUGUGCAGAAGCAUUUAAGAUUUUGUUGACUUUCUCUGCAGCUUUUAUUUUGUCUUUUAUUUGAUUGCUCGCUGUUGGAACAGUGACAUGCCUGCAGCGUGAAUCCUUACACUGAACCCCUUCUGACAUUAUCAUGCACUUUAUUUAAAUCUAAGAUUAUGAAUCUCUUUUUCCAACAAAAUGCUCUUCCCUAGUGUGUGUACCAGACAAUAAAGUUGUCAGCGAUGUCACCCAUCUCUCAGCCUCACUCUGCUGUAAUGAACAAUGGAUAAAUAACUGCACUUCAAUUUACAAAUUAAACCUGGUAUUGCAAACAGCA